AUGACACAACUAAAGCCUCAAUCGCGCUUGUCGGCCGUCAAGUCCGGAACAGACGCUCUCAUCCGGUCCGACGCUCCGCACUUCCCGCGCACCCCAGACAUAACGCUGAACGUGAACAACCGCAACUCGCGAACGCACCCCGCGAGCUUCUAUGACGGGCACGAGUUUCAGUCCGUUGCGAACGUGCUGCUCCGCCUCGAGAAAGCCGGUUGCGAGGUCUGGGCCAUAGCGUUCAAUGGCAACACCCUCGAUGUGACCGUCAACGCUUACGAUCCGUACUGGCUCGACAAGUACGAUUCUUCACGGCCGGAUCCGCCUGACCGAGACGGCAGAGAGUUUCCAAGUCGUCUUCUGGAGUCAAUACCUCCGACUCGCUUGCCAGAAGAGUUCCGCAUUAUUGUAUUCAAAGACUCGCUUGCAUACCGGUUGGACUACAUCCUUGCCUACCCUACGCCCUAUCUUUGCCACAUCCCGCACUCUAUGUCACCCCUUUCCGGUUCAGAAAGCCCCGUUGAAGAUGAGGACCGCUAUGUUGGUCCUCAGGUCCCAGACAUCAAACUCAACAUCAACAAUCGCUAUAGCCUUACGAAGCCGUCUGGUUUCUACGACGCCCUUGAGCAAAUGUCCGUCGCCAACAUACUGAUCCGACUUGAGCGCGCCGGCUGCGAUAUCUGGUCGAUCGCAUUCAACGGGAAUACGCUCGAUGUUACUGUCAUAGCCUACGACGAUGACUGGUUUGAAAACUUCAACAAGACGCGUGGUGACAAGCCGCAUGAGGAGCAGACUUCCGCUGGUGCCUUGGAGCCAAGAGAGCAAGGAUUUGAAAUGGAAUGUUGGACCGAACUCCGACUGUGGCCACUUCACGACACUACCAGGGGUGACAGCGCUCACUAA